UCCAUUUCGGUAACAUCCAUUUCUCUUAGCUCCGCUCGCGGGUACGGUCUCGGGCGGCAAAAGAAGCGUACCUCCGCGUGAGCGUGGCGGAAUCGAGCUCACGCAACGUGUCCGCUCUCCAUGCUGAAAACGUGCGAGCGUUUGAGGAGGAAAACCUCAGUGACUGUGGCUCUACUGCAGAUCCAGGGAGAGGAGCCUGUUUGCAUUCCUCUACAGGUGCAAGACAAUGGAGGUGAAAAUGGAGCAGCAGGACGAAGACCUCACAUUCAGCAACACUGACACUAAUAGUAAACGCCCGGCUGAGGACAUGGACGAGGAGCAGGCCUUCAAACGAUCACGCAACACGGAUGAGAUGGUGGAGCUGCGUGUGCUGCUUCAGAGCAAAAAUGCUGGUGCUGUUAUUGGAAAGGGUGGAAAGAACAUAAAAGCUCUACGCACAGACUACAAUGCCAGUGUAUCAGUCCCAGACAGCAGUGGCCCAGAGCGGAUUCUGAGUGUGAACGCCAGCAUCGACACUAUUGGUGAUAUUCUGCUGAAAAUCAUACCAACUCUAGAGGAGUACCAGCAUUACAGUGGGAUUGAUUUUGACUGUGAGCUUCGCCUGCUGAUCCAUCAGAGCUUGGCAGGGGGCAUCAUUGGGGUGAAAGGUGCCAAGAUAAAGGAGCUGAGAGAGAACACCCAGACCACCAUCAAGUUGUUCCAGGAGUGCUGUCCACACUCCACUGACAGAGUCGUCUUGGUGGGAGGAAAGCCAGAACGUGUCAUUGAAUGUAUAAAAGUUAUCCUGGAGCUGGUGUCAGAGGCUCCAAUCAAAGGUCGUGCUCAGCCUUAUGACCCUAAUUUCUAUGACGAGACAUAUGAUUAUGGAGGUUUCACCAUGUUAUUUGAGGAAAGAGGCAGACGACCCAUUGGUGGGUUCCCUAUUCGCGUGCGUGGGGGCUUUGAACGAAUGCCCCCCGUGCGUGGCAGCAGACCCUUGCCUCCCUCCAGAAGGGACUACGACGACAUGAGCCCUCGUCGGGGUCCUCCACCACCUCUGAGCCGAGGUGGACGAGGCGGCAGCCGAGCUCGAAACCUGCCUCUUCCCCCGCCUCCGCCACCAAGAGGAGGGGGAGACAGGUUUUCACAUGGCAGCUACCACAGCAGCAUGGACGACAGACAAAGCGACAGGAGAAGCCGAGGAGACCGUUAUGACAGCAUGAGUGGAGGCGGAUAUGACAACAAUUCUUCCUGGGAGCACUUUCAGUCUGGUGGCAGAGGGUCAUACAGUGAUAUUGGAGGCCCAGUCAUUACGACACAAGUCACCAUCCCAAAAGAUCUGGCUGGCUCUAUCAUUGGAAAGGGCGGCCAGAGGAUCAAGCAGAUCCGCCAUGAGUCUGGGGCAUCCAUCAAGAUUGAUGAACCACUAGAGGGCUCUGAGGACCGCAUCAUCACCAUCACAGGAACACAGGACCAGAUCCAGAACGCCCAGUACCUGCUGCAGAACAGCGUGAGGCAGUACUCUGGUCGGUUCUUCUAGAAACAAGAAGAGUGAAGCCAUGCUACUGUACGGUUUGCUCCUUCUAUUCAGAGCCUAUUUUCCUCUGCUUUGGGUAGAAGCGCCUCCUCCCCUCACUACCACACACUACGCCACCUAUCUGUGCAUUGGAAACUUUAUUUAGAGGUUUUUUGAGAAAAUCUUAAAGCUGUCAAACAGCAAACAAAAAGUCAACAAUGUAUUUCUGUGCUGGUGUUAUAAUUUUUUGGGAGACUGUUGUGCUGUCAUUGGAGUAAACUCAUAUGUAUGAUAACUUCCGGUGUUGUGAGCCGCCCCCUGGCCCUUAUCUCCCUCAUUUCAGUACAGCAUGCAGAAUGUAAUCUUUUUUGUAAGGAACACAGUGUGAUUUUAGGUUGUUCCUUUUUUUUUUUUUUUCUCAAAUGUUGAAGCACCCUCUCCAAAUGAAGAUGCAUGUUCUCAAGAAUGGGUAAAGAACCAUUUAAAUAAUCUUUAAUUUUUACACAACCCCCUUUUUCACUUUAAAAUGAAGUACUUUUUGUAAAAUGGGCUUUAAAGGAAAUGUUUGACAUUUUAGGAAAUGUGUUUGUUCUCUGGGGCAGGUUUUACAAAGAUAAACUUUGUUCCGCUGGAUGCUACAGUCAUACAUUUCACAAAGCUUCGACUGCACCGGCGUUCCCGAAAACCUGUAUUGCUUGUCAACUACAUAAUUUAAUAAACAUUGCUGGUUAGGUGGGUUGAGAUCUGUCGACUGCCGAACAUGUUCCACAUGAUUCACAUCAUUUUCAUACCCAAACAUUCACUGAUCCUUGUUGCCUUAUGGACGUGUAAAUUCUCAUCAUGUUUCCCUGCUCAAUUUUCAGGUUUUUCUUUCCAUCAUUUCCCAGUAAAUCAUCACAUGUGAAGUCUAGUCAUUUAUAUUUAGAAAAAUCACUUCAAUCAGUUAUCAGAACUAGAACUGAUCAAUUACUGGGUGUCCGGGAAAAUAAUUAGUUCUCAAUUUCUCAAAUGUAUUCAUUCAGUGUGAUUAAUCUUUCUGAGUUUCCCAUUAGUUAGUAUGAAUGUGUUUAGAAUUCUUAGAAAAAUAUGCUGCCUGAGAAUCUGUGGGGUUUUAUUUACUACUAUCUAAGUAAUCCAUUGAUAGUUGUGCCUCCAUUCAUGGUUACACUGCAAGUAAGAGCUGCUUAUAGUGUAUUUGGUAUUUAAUUUCCAGAUUGUAGUCAAAUUUAGGUUAAAAAAGGCUAAAGUUGUAGCCCACUGUUUAACUGCUCACUAAAUCAGGCCCUUUUUGUAAAGGUUGUUCAUUUGUUAAUAUAAAUAAAGACUAUUGCUGUUUAUAAUGCAAAUAAAUCCCAGGGGUUGAAUGGCUGGAAUAAAAAUGAAUCAUGUGGCUACUUUUAUGAUGAUUGGGCAGGUGCAAGGCUCAGAUUUACAUUUGACCCCCUCACGAAACAAAAAAAAACUCAUUUUCACUCAUACAACUUCAGUUUUGUAUGGAUUAUGUGUAUAACGGGUGAGGCACUGAGGUUUGAACUCUGUCUUGGACAGAGCCAGUGCAGCCUGUUCCCCUUUGUUUCCAGUCUCUAUGAGACCUAAACCUUUCUGCCACAAAACAAAUAAACAUCUUUCCCUCAAUGUCAAACAUUUGCUCUUAGGUGGAAUAAAUGUGCGAUACAGCAAAAAUACUUUUUUAAAGAUGUUUUGCUUUUCAUUUGAAAGACAAGGAGCUGUAUAAAGUGUGUGUGUAUAUAUAUUUACAUAGAAACUGAUAAUUUCAUGAGUGCUUAGAAUGGUACCAGACUACUUUCUACUUUCAUGGAAGGACAUGGAGCCAAAAGACAGGUCUGGCCAUCUUUUUUUCUUUUCCUCUUUAUUAUUUGAUUUAUUUUCUACCGCUCUCCUGGAUGGACUCGCUGUAAUGCAACCUUAACAUCUGUCCAGUUGGAUCCAUUAAUUCUUUAAGUGACUGUUUAAAAUUUGUAACCUUUUCUUUUUUUUUUAAAUGUUUUUUGAAAGGAUCUAUUGAGAUGCAGUUACAUGUGAGGAGUUUGCAGCUUUAUGAGUCCAUAAGUGGUGCCUGUUUUUGUGUGUGUGAUCAUAUCUAUUUCUGUGUCAGAUAUCUGUACCUGCAGGUGUUGAGUAAAUAAAGUCAGUGUUACACUUCA